UUACCUGUUUUCCUAUUUAUACCAGUCCAAGUCGUCAUCAUCAAUUUAGAACCAAAAACAAUUUCUCAACGCCAAACGUCAGCAUCAACACUUUCUAGAACAAACGUCAAAAUCUCCAAAAUACAAAACCAUAUCAAAAUUGUCGGCGUGUGAAAAUUACAAAUAACAAAAAAAAAACAAACACACACAAAACACAUUUAGACUCGUUUUGUAGAAUUGCCAAAAAAUCUUUGAAGGCGACUAGCGCAAAGAUUGCACCAUAAAAAUCCGAGAGUCGUGCGGGCACACGAUUCAGUUGGGCGGCAUCUCUGGCAGUAAGCGGAUCAUUGUGACGUCAUCGUCAUCGUUAACAAAGCGCUUGGAUCAGUGUUGGACAAAACAUGGCAAAAGCACCGGCAAUUGGCAUCGAUCUGGGCACAACCUAUUCCUGCGUGGGUGUCUGGCAGAACAAUAAAGUGGAAAUUAUUGCCAAUGAUCAGGGCAAUCGCACAACGCCAUCGUAUGUGGCCUUUAAUGAAACGGAACGCCUUAUUGGCGAUGCCGCUAAGAAUCAGGUGGCGAUGAAUGCCAAGAAUACGGUUUUCGAUGCGAAGCGUUUAAUUGGACGCAAGUUCGAUGACCGUAAGAUACAGGAGGAUCUGAAACAUUGGCCCUUCAAGGUGAUCAACGAUGGGGGCAAGCCAAAAAUUGAGGUCGAGUUCAAAGGUGAACGUAAGCGUUUUGCCCCCGAGGAGGUCAGCUCUAUGGUAUUGACCAAGAUGCGUGAAAUCGCCGAGGUUUAUCUGGGCGGCAAGGUGAAGGAUGCGGUUAUCACAGUGCCGGCAUAUUUCAAUGAUUCACAGCGUCAGGCCACUAAAGAUGCCGGCUCCAUAGCCGGUUUGAAUGUGCUCCGAAUCAUCAAUGAGCCGACGGCUGCCGCCCUAGCCUAUGGCCUGGACAAGAACCUAAAGGGGGAGCGUAAUGUGUUGAUAUUUGAUUUGGGCGGCGGCACCUUUGAUGUCUCCAUACUGACCAUCGAUGAGGGUUCGCUGUUCGAGGUCAAGGCCACUGCGGGCGAUACACAUCUGGGCGGCGAGGACUUUGACAAUCGACUUGUCAAUCACUUUGUGGAAGAGUUUAAACGGAAGCAUAAAAGCAACAUUACCAGCAAUGUGCGUGCUCUGCGCCGGCUGCGUACUGCCUGCGAGCGGGCCAAGCGGACGCUCUCCUCCAGCACGGAAGCCUCAUUGGAGAUUGAUGCACUGCAUGAGGGCAUUGAUUUCUAUUCAAAGAUAUCGCGUGCACGCUUCGAGGAGCUGAACAUGGAUCUUUUCCGCUCGACCAUAGAGCCGGUGGAGCGUGCCCUGAACGAUGCCAAAAUGGACAAGAAGGCCAUACACGAUGUGGUCCUGGUGGGUGGCUCCACGCGCAUACCGAAGAUCCAGCGUCUGCUGCAGGACUUCUUUGGCGGCAAGCAGCUCAAUUUGUCCAUUAAUCCCGAUGAGGCGGUAGCCUAUGGCGCCGCCGUUCAAGCGGCCAUACUCACAGGCGUGGGCAGCUCACAGAUCCAGGAUCUGCUACUGGUCGAUGUGGCGCCGCUAUCGCUGGGCAUUGAGACGGCCGGCGGUGUGAUGACCAAACUGGUGGAGCGCAAUGCACGCAUUCCCUGCAAGCAGCAGCAGACGUUUACCACGUACAGCGACAACCAGAACGCGGUUACCAUUCAGGUGUAUGAGGGUGAGCGCGCCAUGACCAAGGAUAACAAUCUGCUGGGCACAUUCAAUUUGACUGGCAUACCGCCAGCGCCGCGGGGCGUGCCCAAAAUCGAUGUGACCUUUGACCUGAAUGCCGAUGGCAUUCUGAAUGUCAGCGCUAAGGAUAACAGCACAGGCAAAUCCGAGAAGAUAACCAUCACAAAUGAUAAGGGACGCCUGUCCAAGGCUGAGAUUGAUCGCAUGCUCUCCGAGGCGGAGAAAUACAAGGACGAGGACGAUCGCCAGCGGGAGCGUGUCGUUGCACGCAACACACUCGAAGGCUACAUCUAUGGCUGCAAGCAGGCCGUGGAUGAGGCGCCCGCCGGCACUCUGGACGAAGCCGACAAAUCGAAGGUGCGGGACAAGUGCAGCAAAGAAACAGCCUGGCUGGACAGCAAUACCCUGGCCGAAAAGGAGGAAUACGAGCAUCACCUGAAGGAAUGCCAGCGCGUUUGCAGUCCCAUCAUGUCCAAGCUACAUGGCGGUGGUCAGCCGCCCAAGGGAAAAUCAGCCGCCGGCAGCAGCACCGGCCCCACCGUCGAAGAGGUGGACUGAGUUGAGUGACUGGCCGGCACGAGCAACAAUUGUAUUGAAUAUGUAUUUUGAAUUUAUGCAAAUGUUACGUUAAAUAACAGUUCAUUAUGUACGCAA